AUGGUAAGGCGCACCCAGUCAUUCUGCACAUCCGAACUCCCCUCAACAACUCGGGUCCUUGACGACUAUUUCAACAUCGAUCGCUUUGAUUCCCGCGCUGGCACUGCUGAGUCCAAGACAUCCGAGACUCCAGAUACAUCUCGUGUUCGCUCUGUUGGGACGAUGACCGACGGUAUAGAUACUGAAGUUGGAGGGGCAGUUGAGGAGAAGGGGUUGCAGCAGGUGGACGGGUCGUCCGCGGGAAAAACAUCGAAGAAGGCUGAGAAGAAGAAAAGGCAGAAGAAGAGGAAAGAGAGAGAGAAAGAGGAGAAAAAAUAUGGCCGUGUUAACGAUGUUGAUGAAGAAAAAGCAGUUCAGGUUGAACAUGCCGAAGGAGAGCAGCCGCGUCACGAAAAACCUGAGAUGGCCGAUUCCAACGGACAAGGUGCUGGCCGCCCUACCAAUGUAUCGGGGGUGUUUGUUGUGUAUGGAGAUCGUGGAGUUUCGCAGUCGGAUCCCCAGCCAGAACAACCAGAGCAGCACAAGGAACAGGGGGUAUUCCAGCAUUACCGCAAUCAAAAGCACGAGCACGAGGAUGGAUACCAGCGCGAACAUGAACAAAGGCAUCAGGAAAGCCAUGAGAAUAAACUCAUCUGCCGUGUCCAUAGUCGCAUGUUGUGCCAGUUCAACGCCGCGUGUUGUGUACACAAGCCCACAGUUGAGUGCGGCUGUCCCCCUCGCGCAUCCUGCUGCUGCAUACACCAUGCAGGUGAUUGCUGCUAUUGCCGGACCGACGAGACUGCGGGCGUUGUUACACAGGACGAGGACGACUCAAAGACACUCUCUGCUGCUGAAUCCGUCGCUGGGCCUUACACGCCUCCUACUCCUCCGAUCAGAACGCCACCCCCUGCCGACAACAAUGAUGAUGCUGCUCGCACAGGAGGAUUAAGCAAGGCACCCAUAACCUCACCUCAAAACUGCUCUGGCGUUCGAGUCAUGGUGACGCCUGCAUCGCCAUCCCCUAUCAAGCCCGCCUCACCCCCCAAGAUGUUGGGAGCGGAUCCCGAAAACGAUUUGGCAGCACAGGCGAGUCUCAAACUAUCGAAUAGCCUGAUCGAGAUGAUGGAAUGCAACCACAUGAGUGAUAUCACGCUCACUCUGCGCUCAAUAAACGAUCAGUUCUGGCCGAUCGUGAUGACAGCUCACAAGUGCGUCCUUGCGCGUAGUCCACUCGUCACCUCUCUCCUUGUUGGUAGAGAAUAUUACAGUGAGGAGAUCACAGCGGUUGCGGGCGAGGAGUUCAUUAUGAUGAAGACAUGGGAGUUGGUGGUGCAUUACCUCUACGGCAAGCCUAUUAUGACAAUGGAGACUCUCAAGCCCGUCACAUUGGAAGCGUUGGGCUAUGAUCCGGUAUCAGCAGCCGGAUAUGAGCCCGAGUAUAUGUUCUCCGUGCAGCUGUCGAUGUUAGAUAUUGCUAUCGGAUAUGCGGCUUGCGGCGCCUUUUUUUAUCUUACCCCUAUUGUGGACGCUGGAUUUGGUCUCGCAAUUGAUCUUCUUAGCUGGGAAACUGUUGAGUACGUGCUUCACUGUGGACUUUACACGUACAAGUUUCUGGUUGUCAUGCCUGAUGCGCCUUGGGCUGAGGAGACCGAACACCAGUACGAGGAACCUGGACGUCAUACCCAGGAUGUUGGAAUACUGGGCGAGUCUACCAAAGCAUCUGAUGCCGAAGGCGAUGGCGAUGCAACAACCGUCGACGGUGACUCUAAGCGCAACACUGAGAAUGCACAUCCCGCUCCAGUCCCAGCUCGCAAUCCAACCUCAGACGCCAUCGCUGUCACUUCAACCAAAGGCCUCUAUCCAACGCAGCAUGUGGAAGCCGACUGGUCGCGUCGUCUUGUUGGCGCAUCACUGGAUUUCGUGUUCAAGAACAUGACGCCAGACUUCAAGCUGUACUCUGCUGCGCAUUCGACUAUUAUCCCUGAUCGUAUCCCAGAAUUCCUUAAGACCUCACCUUCAUCGGAACCACCAGCGCAGACUGCACAGAAGAAGAACCACGUUCGAAAGUCCACCACUCAAACACAGUCUCAUCCCCCUUCCGCUGCGGUUGCAAACAACCCACGCCUUGCAGACGUCAAGUUCGGCUCGUUCCCUUCCUUAGGCCUUGAGCCAAUCGCCGAAGAAGAAGCAAUCGAUGAUAACCACGAAAAAGAAAUAGAGAACCAGAAAUCAAACGAUAGAAAUGAACCCAUCGAGAGAGAAAACAAGAAAAACCUUAGCAACUGCGCCGCCCCAGACACACCUACUCUUUCCAGCAAAAAGCCAAGAGCCGGAGUAAGCAACGAGAAAGACGCUCCAGAUUCAGUUGAAGCCACUACCCCGGUUGCGACUACAGCCCCCGGACUUGAAGUAACCAUCCCUUCGGCAAUCCUGCUCACACUGGGCUUUAAUGAUCUACACCUAGCAUUCUCGAUAAUGGAAAAGCGCGGGAUCCUGACUUCGGAUCUCGCACGGGAGAUUAUUCUCGAGAGAGAGGCUAGACGCCAGGCGGCGUUGAAAAACUAUGCGGCUGUUUUGAUUGCGAAGGCACGGAAGGAAAAUGCGUCUGGUGCUAACCCCGCCACUGCAGGUGAUGCUGGAGGCGCGAAAAAGGGGAAAGGAAGGUUGAAGGGGAAGGCGAGAAAGGCACAACGGCAGCAAAAGAGCACCGAUGGUGUGGAUGGUGCGGAUGGUGUUGGAAAGAACACUGGUGAUGUUGAGUCUGUGAGCGUUGGUGCGGUGCAUGUCCCCGAUGAGGUGAAGGAGCUGGGUUAUCGCGAGUUUUACAGUAACAAGAUGGUCCGCGAUCCGCGGGAGGACGGAGAAGAUGAAGUUGGGGUUGAGAUUGUGCUUGAAAGGGAGUGGGUUGGUUUUCAAUAUUGA